CUUUCUGGUUUGGUCUCCGGUUGAACUCAGGCCGCCGUUAUCAGUUUGUCUCCCAUGUUGAAUGAAAACUACUUCAUCUGCGCCGCGGUCCUUCACCCCACGUCACGCCCACAUCCAGCUCCUGAUUGGUUGUCAGGAUACGACAAGACACAACAGUUUGGAUCUUUCAACUCCAGCGACUGUCGCUUCGCAUCCAUCGUCUCAACAGGCCAGGCUCUUCAGCUCUCCAUCCGCGGACCUUUGUGUCCUCACUGUCGACUGCUGAGUGGAAAGGAGUGUGUUUUUGUGACACUGGCCAUGUCUGUCAACUCAUCCUUCAGUGAGUCUUCUGUUCUGCUUCCAGCCUCCAACUCCUCCAACGUCCCCUUUUACUUCGCAUGUCAGCAGUUAGUAACUAGAAUAAUAAUAUAUGGCGUGUUCGCUACUAUAAACACCCUGCUCCUGCUCCCACUCUACAUCCUCGUUCUCUAUUUGGGGAUCCAGCAAUGGUGGAAUAAGCGCUUAACCCCCGCGGCGAGGAUGAUGAGCCCCUCUGACUUCUUCACCCUCAACAUGAUGAUUCCAGAGAUUAUUUGCAAUGUUGGAUCAGUUCUUCUAACUUUAGGCUUUCACCUUGAAAGAGACCUUCUGCUCCUGCUCGGUCUGUUUCUGUUUUCUAUCAUUUUACCUGGACAAAGUCUGUUUCAUGUCCUGACCUGCGUUGAUCGCUAUCUGGCUGUUGUUCACCCCAUCGCCUACAUGCAGAGAAAAGAAACCCACGGCGUCCAAAUUAGAAACAUCAGCAACGUCUGCGUUUGGCUGCUGUGCUUUGGAUGGAUGGGGAUGUUUUAG